AUGAUUUGCCGCUCGUCUCUUUUUGUCGUCGUCAGCCUCUUCGUGUCUCAGUGUCAUGGUGGCUGUGCGGAGGUGGACUCUCUGACCGAGGCGGUGGCAGGAGAACGAUUCCUGCUGGGCUGCAUCUCCUGUAAGAGGAGAGAGGAGGUGUCUGCCCGAACCACCGUGGACUGGCACUUCAAACCAGUGGAAGAGGAGGAGUUUAGGCAUAUUUUCCACUAUGACCACCCAAGUGCUGAGAUCCUGCACCAGGAUUUCAGCGAGCGUCUCGAGUGGCAGGGGACUAUAAACAGUGAUAUUCAGACAGGAGCCAUUUACCUUCACAACGUCACCUUCAAUGACACAGGGACGUACCGCUGCACCUUCCACCGCACCCUCUUCCUGGCGAUGUCUGACCAGCAUGUCAUCGUGGAGAAGGACGUGGAGCUCAGCGUGGUGGCUGUGGCCAAUCGGGAGCUGACGUCUGUGAUCACAGAGAUAUUGAUGUAUGUGCUGAUCGUGGUUCUGCAGCUGUGGCUCAUUGUGGUUCUGGUCUACUGCUACAAGAAGAUUACAGCCGAGCACGAGGAUCGGGAGGCCCGUAAGGCUAACAAGGCUCAGGCAGGACUGUUGGAAUCUAAAGACAGCUGUGACGGGGUGCAGCUGGAGUAACACUUA